UUGAGGGGGUCAGUAAGGAACAUUCUAUGAACUGGUCUAUCAAUGAGCAACAGAGUAACGAAGCGAGUAAUACAUCUAAUACCGUAUCGAAUCAAUGGCAUAAUCAAAAUCGCGAGUUCCAACAUCAAUCCGCGCAUUUAAUACAAACAAAUGACGUAGAUGACACCCUUUCUUCUUGGCCGCAGUCGGGCAAUAUCAGUGCCUCACACAAUUGGAGACAUUCUAACACGCAAAACGAAUCUGUACAUUCUACACAAUGGUUGCAACCAACGGGUGCAGAUAACAGUUCGUUUACUCAGAACGUAGCACAUGAUAAUAACAGCGUUAGAUUUGCCGUAAACGAAUGGCAACAACCACACGUAGCGCCAUUCCACUAUGCCCCACCAUCUACAACUAUACCUACGAGUGUAGAAAAUAUUGUACAUACACCCAAUAAUAAUGAACAAGAGAAAGAGAAGCUAGCUGCAGUAGCUUCUAUCACACCAACUAUAUCGCCUCACGAUUCCAUCAGUCACGCAAAAUCGAGCGAUAUCAAGUCACCAAUUGGAGAUCACCAUAAUCUGAAUGUACUUACUGAUGAUACACCAAAAAAUGAUCUUUCUAAAACCAUUCUUAGCGAAAAGGAUAACCGUUCUUUUGGUUCUACAACCGCAGAUGAAUUAACCAGUAGUUUUGGUCAUCUUAAUCUUAGUAGUAAGUCAGGGAAACAUGUAGAUCCUUCAAAUGAAUCGUUAGAAGUACAUUCAAACCCCGUUCUCCAAGAAGAGAGAGCUCAACACCCUGCUAAUUUCAAUGUCGCGAAUAUUCGAGAUAAUUCUGUUCCCGAUAAUAUCCCCGUGUUACCUCCGGAUUACGCUGCAAGCGGUAUAGAGAAUUCUCAUUCUGUCGAUAGCCAGUCAGUUGUCGGUCCUCUAUCAAUGUUGAAUACAUAUCAAAGUGGUUCUGCUAAAAUAACGGAUAGUAUCUCACAAAGCGGUUAUGAUCAAUGGUAUAAUCAAAACACGUUAGAGAAUGCAUGGUAUGCGAAAGAUCAUUCGCGUCCACCUUCCAAACAGUGGAACGUUCCUGAGCAGAACGUCGAGAACUAUGAGAACAUCCAACAAUCAUCAGAUUUCAUAAACGUCGAGGUUGUUGCGCCUGCAACGCUGAAGGAGCGCGAUAUCUACGGUUCACGAGAUUCUAUAAACAAGGAAACGUUGGACAACGAUCCCAAGCCGAGCGCGAGUCCCAAAGAAACAACGAAUAUUCGAGAUUUCAGAGAGGAGGUGAACAACGUCGAAGUGCUGUCGAUGCAGCAGCAAACCCGAUCUCAUCCACCUCUGGCGGAACAAAUGCCGGAUAACUAUGAAUUCGCCUCCAAUGAUAGAAAUACGUUUUUAGAGACUGGCGAGUUGACGGAUUCACAUCAGGAACAUGAACCAACACCACCAAACCAAGAUGACGAGAAUGAUGAAGUGCCUAACGAUAUUCCCUUCCUACGUGAAGUACCGGGGCAAUCGAGUACCAUAGAUCCACGUAGAAACGAUCCUACAGGUCAGGAGCAUCAAAUGCAAACUGGACAACGUCUGCCCGAUCCUAGAAGGAAUGAUCCAUCGGGUCAGGAACAAAGUAUACAAGUUAGAAAUAUACCUGAUAGAGUGGAACGUCGCGACGUCCUUCCAGGGCAAGAAAGAAAUGUUCCUCUGUUAUUACGAGGUGAUACGGACACGUUAGAACGGCGGAAUGAUCCUUCGGGUAGGGAACGUUCUCUUCCACCGCAACAGCCUCUUCCAUCGCGAAAUGAUCCGUCGGGUGAAGAGAGGUAUCAGCUGCAGUCGCAGAUAAUGAUGGAACCGAGCGAGACUCGUGAAGUUCUCGGCAGAGGCAACGAGCCUGACGAAGUUGCGCAGCAAACAGACGCGGAACGUAGACAGAUACCAGGCGGAGCAUCUUCCAACGACGUCACGCAGUUGUCGGACGACAGGACAACGGGUGGUAGAGUUGUCACUGGGUCUCCUCCGGAGGUCCCUUUACCAAUGUCCGCGAUGCAGGAUCAGGCGAAUGAAUCACGAAAUAAACGUGAGGAAGCGGUGGGCGCAUCUCUGGAGAGCGAGAGUCAGGGUAUCUCGAGCUCCUCAAAUCGCCGGGAUUCCUAUGAGGAUGAAGAAAAUGAGACAUCUCGCAACAGUAGAGACGAAAGUAGAGAGAGACGACCAAGUCCUGAUCGCCGACGGUACGAAUAUGAUCGGAAGAACGCGUACUACGAUCGUGAAUACGAGGAUGAUUAUUAUUACGAACGCCGAUGCGUGGGCGAUAAUGAUCGUCAGUAUAGUGCUCGCGACGACUUUGAGCGACGGGAUGUUCCGUAUCGGGAAGAUGAACGUAAGCAUCACAGUCGUGACGACUUGGAUCGACAUGGUAGAGACGAUAUGGACAGAAGAAUCAGAGGCAAAGAGGAUCUAGAUGAAAGGGACAGUAAAAGAAGACCAGACGAUCGCAGAAGAGACAGAGGCGAUGAUCCACGUCGUCGAGACAGAGAUCUAAGAGAUUACGAUGCACGAUAUCCUAGAGAUCCUAGAGAUAGAGAAUAUAUAGAUCGUGAAAGGAGAAGGGAUGAUAGACGAUCACGAAGAUACGAAGAUUACGAUAUUAGAGAUUCGUAUAGAAGGGACUACUACGAUGAUCCUUAUGGAAGAAGUUCUAGGCCUUCAAGUAGAUCUUCUUACAAUGAUAGAGACCGUGAAUACUACAUGCGUGCGAGAGAUCCUUAUUAUGCAUACAAUGGAUACAGUGGAUAUGAUUAUAGUGCUCAUUAUGGUAACAAUUAUUAUGCAUAUCUUGAAAACCUUCGUCGGACGAAUCCUGCUGCCUAUUCCGAGUGGUACCACAAAUAUUAUGCAAAUCAGCAACAGCACAUUGCCAGAGGAGUCAGCAAUUAUCCGGAGGAUAGAGCCAGUGUUCAUUCCGGCCGUAGCUCUUGCGACGACAGGACUACUGGUGAUAAACGAACAUUGGGUGAUAUGUCAUUAUUGGAAGAUACAAUAAUUACUUCUGCUAGAUUGACACCGACUAAAUAUUCCACGUCUCAUGCAUAUGGAUGUUUUUCCAUCGGAUCUUUGAUACAUGUUCAUCCAAGUUAUCCAGCUGAUGGCGAAAGAGCUAAGGUGGAUAUUUUUCGCGUAGAUAGCUUACUCUCGCAUGAUCCUGUUGCACGCGAUUUACGAUUAUAUCCAGGACCUCUAAUUAAUGGUGUAACGCAUAAGAAGACUAUCAUAGAAUAUUGCGAAAAUAAAAUUAAAAAGGCAGUGAUAAAUGAAGAAAUAAUCGAUCGUGCUUCGUACAUCUUGUUAUACGAAUUGAUGAUUAUGUUAAUUCAGCAAAAUGGAAACGUUGUUGGCGUCGAUAUUGCUGGACUUUUACUGCGUAAUAAGGAUGCUUAUCCUUAUGACGCAAAUAAAAUCAGAUCUCAGAAUGUAGGACGCAGAGAAUCGCAAAUAUCGCAGCGAUCUGGAGCAACGGGCAGCGACGGAAGUACCCAGGAUAUUUCAGCGUUAUCUGAAAAAAGUGAAACCAAGCAGCGAAAAACAGUAGAACAAAUAACAGAUGAAUUCAGAGAUACAUUACUGUAUGGACGGGUUCAAGAAGCAUUAGAGUACGCGAUGAACGAAGGACUUUGGGGCCAUGCUCUCUUCCUGGCUAGUAAACUGGAUAAACGCACGCAUGCUUCUGUAAUGACUCGUUUUGCAAAUAGUCUGCCACCACACGAUCCACUGCAGACCCUAUAUCAACUGCAUUCUGGUCGUAUACCUGCUAUAGUUACGUGCGUCGCAGAUCCGCGCUGGGACGAUUGGCGGCCUCAUUUAGCUAUGAUUAUAUCUAAUACCUCGACUAAUCCAGAAAUUAAUCGCCGAUCAAUAACGACUCUCGGAGAUACAUUAUUCGCGAGGGGCGACAUCCACGCUGCACAUUUUUGUUACAUACUCGCGCAAAUUGAUUUUGGCGCUUACGGAACUAAUGGAGUUAAACUCGUGUUGAUCGGUGCUAACCACAACAAGUCAUAUUCUGAAUUCUUUACUAUGGAAGCAGUCAUGUUAACAGAGAUUUACGAAUACGCUCGAAACCUUAGCGAAGCGCAUUUCACAUUAGUAGACCUUCAAACAUUCAAAUUUGAUCUAACAGUGAAAAUGGUGGAUUGUGGAUUAAUAGAAAAAGCUCUAUUGUAUAUUGAACAGAUUGCAAUAAAUAUCGCAAACGAUCCAUCGAAAUACAAGAAAUCCUUCGUCGAAGCGGUUCAUGUAUUAGGCGACCGAAUUAAGUAUCACGAUCCAGUCUAUAAAGACGCUAUCGAAGAUGCUGCAAAUGUAACGUGGCUUAAUAAAUUAGCGGAGAUAGUUGGAAAAUAUGAAGAUAAACAGGCUGUUGAAGAUGAAACAUACGGUUCUCGUACUAUAAUAGAAAAUCAGGAAAUUCACGAAGUAAAACAUCAGCAACAGCAACUACCGCCACUAUCAUCACAACAACAAUGGAACACUGUACAACCCGAUUACAAUGACGGGCCUACGUCGAUGAUGGAAGUUAACACGAGUGAAAUGCAAUCAGAUUGGCAACCAUUAUCUUUGCCCACAAACAUUCAAGAUACAUAUGAUCCGAAUGCGCAAUAUAUGAAAAACGUAGACGAAUCUGUUCAGUAUCAACAACAACAGAAUUAUUGGAGCCAGCAGCCAUAUUAUCAGAAUAAUUAUGGAAGAAACGAAUAUAUACAAUCUAACUGGCAGCAACAGUCUGCACCGAGCUUAACUGAUCAGACUGAAAUAACUAAUUCGCAACAACAAGACAAAUGGAACUAUGAGACGGAAAGGGAAGACAAAAUACCCACACCUGAACCUGCGCAGCCAACAAUCUCUAUGACACCGUCAACGGGUAAGCAGUAUGAUCCAUUGGAAGAAUUAGACGCGCUUGAAACACCACGACCGACUGCUAAAUCUGCGGCGGACACGAAGAAAACGACUGAAAAAACAACUGAGAAGAAACCCUCGAACAGUGGUGGUUCCUGGUUCGGUGGUUUGUUCAGUAAACUCGCGCCCAAGCCGAAAAAUCAAAUGAUAUUGCCGGACGAUAGCAACCCAACGAUUGUAUGGGAUCCAGUUGCUAAGAAGUGGAUGAACAAAGAUGAGGAUGGCGACAACGGUACCGCGACAUUGGCCCCACCGCCGAAAACAACCGACACGAGUUUCCGAACGCAGGCAGUGGAACGCGGUCCGCAGCCGCCUUUACCGAGUGCAUACAAGGAGGAUGCAUCAGCGGUGGAUAUUUCGAAAUUGCCUUCUGGUAGCAAUAUGUUCAAACUUCCAAAGGGUAGAAACAUGCGUGCCAAUUACGUAGACAUGAUGAAUCCUGGUGGAAAAUCUCAAGGUAGCGUGGCAUCGUCUAAUGUGGCCACCCCCAUGAUGUCUCCACUCGUACCUGUAGCUACCUCAUCCCCGCAGAUGUUUGUACCCGCGCCAAUUAAUGAUUCAACUGCUCCUGUGGAUUUCCUAACUCCGACACCGCCGUCUGCAAACGUCGCGGAGAAUACCCCACUCUCUCGCUGGAGCUCGACCAGCUCGUUAUCACGAGAGGUGCAGAGCUACACAAUGAGGGAUCCGCGACUCCUUCAACGGAACAAGGGACCAAUGAUGUUCAACCCGAGUGACAUGAAGGAUCGUUCGGUGAAGAACAUGCCACCUAGCAGAUAUCAUCCGUGAUAAUUUUUCGCAACCACUCAUGAGAAAUAAUUUGUUAUUUAAAUUAGACGGUUUCUUAUAUAAUUGUAGUUGUAUUUAAUGUGAAUAUCUGUUUCUGUAUAGAAAAAACGUGACAACAAUGGUAUAUUUUUUAGAGUGAUGC